AUGAGCUUUGGCUCGACGACGGUCUUCCUGCCCAUGUCGUACGAAGUCGCCCACUUUGUGCAAGGAGAGGUCUGGGUCGAAAUCUUCGACCAGCGAGAGAUCAGCAUUGACACUCUCGUCAUCCACAUCGAGCCGACGAACGGCAUCCCCCCCGACAAGCCGGACAUUUCCAUCGACGACAUCAAGAGGGACUUGGCCGAGUGGUAUCGCGGCGAGAAGAGGAGUCGCCGCUUCCCGAACCUCGACGAGCAGUUCCUCGACGAGCGCAUCAAGCGGCUCGAUCCAGCCCACAGGCACGACAAGCCCGGCGAUCACCACUGGCUUCACGUCGAAGACGCCUGGCCCCUGGCCAACGUCUACACCAGGCCAGUGGAGCUCUACAAUCGCGUCCUUGGGCCUCGAGGCUCCUGCACCGUGGUGCCCAGCAGGAUCAGCACCUCGCUCGAAAAGUUGCCGGACUCGAUCGUCCUCGCCUACGACAAGGAGGGUCACUUCGACUCGGGCCUCCCAAGCGCGGUGCCAAAGCCGCCGAUCAAGACGCACGUCCUCGGGUCCAAGGUACACGACUGGACCAGCACCAACUCUCACCUGGUCCUGCAUCAAUUGCGGGCCUUCGAGCAUGGAGGCCCCUCGUCGCUCGACGGCCCAUCCUUCCCCGUCCAGCAGCAACCAGACUCAGGCUCGUUCGCCGCCAGACCAGACCGGCUCCCGGACGCACUGAUCGCUGAUUGCAACGAGAAGGGCAACAAGGGCGGCAACAGGGCCCUCACCAUGUUCGUCGAGCUCCGACAUUGGCUCGUCAGCGACCCUCCAGCAUCGACCUCUCUGGCAUGCUGCGACUCGUCUACGACCCCCUUGACGCAGCCAACCAUUGACAAGACCUCAGUACGGUUCAACAUCCGUGACGGUGCGCUCUACAACGUGGCCUUCGAGACCCCCGUCGAGGUCCCCGGACCGGACCAAGUCCAGCUCUUCUCGGUGCCCAUCCAUCGAACCGUCAUGCAGUCUCCACGCGUCGCCGCCCAAGCCGCCACUCUACACGCUGCACCCACGCACCGUGCACCCCUUGCUCCAUCACCAGUCGCCAACUCGGCUCAGCCUCCCCUGCUCGCGUCAGGUGGUCAGAGCUCGGGCAUCCGCACCAUUGCGACCAAGAAGAGAGCAAGCGAUGCCGCUCGUGAGGCCCGCCUGAACCGUAUCAAGGCGGAAGAGGCAGCUAGUGAGGAAGAGGCGGCGUGGAUCGACGAGGAGGAGGACGACGACGACGACAAGGGCGCAGCUUCCCCCGCGAGGAAGGCGGUCAAGCGGGCAAGGUCCAUCUCCCCUCCACCGGCACCAAAAUACGACCCUGUGCCAGACGACCAGCCCUCUGAUCCCUUCGAUGCAGAGGCUCCUCGAUAUGACCCCGUCCCGGAUGACCCACCCACGGAUCCCGUCGAGGAGGAAAGGGAGAGCAAGGUGGAGGAGGAAGAGGACGACGAGGCGGUGUGGGUCGACGCAGACGACUGGCCGGCAAGCUUGCGAGAUGCAGAGGAGGACAAGCGGGCUGAAGUCGAGGACGCGGAGGAGGACGCGGACGGGGCACCUCCUCCGUCAAGCCCAACAAUCUCGCAGCCAUCUUCGGCUCUCCCCGCCUCCCUCGCCGUUAAUCCCCUGUCGGAGGAUGAUUCCAGCGAGUCGGACGGCACCAAGCGCCUCGUCAGGCGCUUCCUCGACCGCUGCCGUCGCGAAGCAGCUCGAGCCCCCUCCGCCUCCACUCGCCCACAGCGCAGCCACGUCCGCAAUCAAAGGCAGCGCAAGGGGGAGGGACCGCUUUACGGCCACGAUCCUCGACCGCGCUGGGCCAAAGAUGAGGGAUCAGCGAACGCGCGUGGCCAUCUACAAGGCCCGCCACGACGCCAUCUAGCCGAAUUCCUUUGCCAAGCCAGAGGUCAGGGCGUUGUCGGAGGAGGGUCUUCACUUCGCAAGGAUUACAAGCUCAAGACGCUACUGGAUGACGCGGAGGCGGAAGUGCAGGCGCUCAACACGUGGUCUCACUGCCUGCUCAAGACUGGUAAGGUGCUCCCCAACGCCAUCAUUCGAGCACUGUCCAGCGUCCUCGCGCCUGGUCAGGUGGAAGUUACCGCAAUCUUGGUGCAGCGCUUCCUGCCCGCCGUCGCGCUGACUCUCGUGAGCAGCACCAACGCGGACCACCAGGGCGACGCGCACGACCGACACGGCGCAUACGACCAACAACACGAUGCGGCGGAUGAUCAAGCUGUUCCCGAAGCGGCAGCCUUCCCCUCGUCUUGGUCUGCCAUCUGGAUCCUGUUCAGCUCGCAGGAGGCAAAGACUCAGCCCAACGUCGCCCAGUCCGAGCUCAGCACGCAGCGCCAGCAACAGCACGAUCAGCAGCGCCAGCAACAGCACGAUCAGCAGCGCCAGCAACAACGCGGGCAACAGCGCGACCAGCCACCUCAGAACCGCGGCCAGCACGUCCACCGCCACCAGCAGCAGCAAGAUCGUAAGCAGCACCAGCAACCCGAGCACAACGCUGGUGAUGCGGAUGCGGCGGAGUGGGCGGAGUGGGCGGCGGUCCACGACGCCAUCUUCGACGAGUGGGCUGCUCAGCAGGCGAUGGGCCACGAGGCACUGUGUGGCGAGUGGGCGGCAGAGCAGGCCGCCAUCUACGAGUCCAACAAAAAGGCGCAAGCGGAGGAGCCCAAUGAGAGGGCGAGGGAGGAGUGCGCGACUCGGUUCGGCAAAGGCGCAGGCGGCGCAGGCGGCGACGACGGCGACGAAGACGACGAGGACGAGGACGACGACAUCAUUCACCCUCAAGAUGUCGUCAACAUCACAGGCAGCCCGGCGGACGACGCAGCCUACCUCGCCCUCCAUGACAUCCGCCCGGUCAAGGUCGCUGAAGACGGCGACUGUGCCUACGCCGCCAUCUUGAUUGGACUGGGUAUCAAGGUCACGCUCGACAACAUCACUGGCCUCUGUCGCGAGCUUUACGACUUCUUCAAGAGUCGCAAAGCUAGAAGGAUGCUGGAGGGAUACUCGAGCGACAUCUUCGCCGAGCUGCUGGACAGCUCCAUCGUGCCAGAAGACGUGCGCGCUAGGGCAACGGCAGCCAAGAGAGCCCUCCCCUCGCGAUACUGGAUGUCCGGCCUCGCCCUCCCAGGCCUCGCGAUCAUCAAGAAGGUGCCCGUCGGCUGCUACCGCGCCGAUCACUCGGCGAGCAUGUCGUACUGCGUGCUGCCGUUUGAGUACGAGGGCGGGCCGGCUGUGCGUAUCCUCUUUGACGGCAAGCAGCACUUCUUGGGCGUCGAGCGCACUACUUCCCGUCGCCUCCCGGUAGCCCGCACAUUGGCACUUGGCAAGGAGGCUGCAGCGCACGCCGAGUCGGACCCGCACGCUCGAAUGCACGGGGCAUUCCAGCUUGAGACGGUCCUGGGCAAGGCGGAGGCAGAGGCGCAAGGGCUGGAGACGUGGUGCCACUGCUUGGCAAAGACGGGCAAGGUGGAGAGCGGAGAGCCCAUCGAGAUCCGAAGCAGUGGCUCGAAGCGCGAGGGGGAGUCGGAGAAGAGGCGCAGGCUGAGCGAGAUGGGCACUGCGCAGGAAAAGGACGAGCGGGAUGACUCGGCCGUGGACUUGGCGCCGGCGGCAAAGCGCAAGGUUCUUGCGGCGGGAAG